CAAACCGCAGCCAUGAAACAAAUAAGUAAAUUUUGUAUCGGAAAUGUGGUUUAUUGGAAAAUACAGAAAUGUAUUGUUAAAAUAUAUAUAUAUAACCGUCGAUCUUUUGAAAUAUGAUGUAUGUGAUAUUUGUGACUGGGCUAUAGAAAGGACAUUAUUAAUCAGUCAUGCUGUACGUGGAAAUUGGUUUACCGCACACAGAAUUCAUUCCAAAGAAAAAACUUGUUGUACCGCCAAGACUUUUACCGGAUGUUUCCAAAAUGAGUGCUAGGUAUGCGGGAUUUGAAACAGUGUCCAAGUGGGAAAUAAAUGCAUUGUGUGAUAGACUUUCUAAACCUAAAAGAUCAAAUGUUAGUAGUCAACCUCAGUUAACAUGUCACAGCGCUCACGAACAGGUUAAUCAAACACACUCGUCAGCGGCUCGUUUCACAGGGAAGAAGAAAAUGUCAUCUAGAGAUAUUCAAUCUCUUGUAGAUCGAUUAUCCAAUACAAAAUCAACACGUGUUCCAGAUUCACAAAGAAUUCAUUCAAUAGAGGAGAAAAACUUAAAGAGUGUUGUAACAAGCCAUGCUUGGAAUGGAAAUGUGAGACAAAAUACACAGUGUUUGCACGAAAAUUUAGAGAAGUACGUUCAUAAAAUACGAAGUAAUUUUUAAUGACGAUUUUGUUCAAAAAUUUGAUACAGAAUAAUAAAUAAACAUGUUAUUUCUUUUGAAAGAUUGAUUGGUUGAUUGUUGGUGUUUUGAUGCUACGUUUGGACUAUGUCGUGGCGGUUAGUUUUUAUCGGUGAAGGAAGAUUUAAUACCCGGAGAAAACCAUCGAACUUCCUUUUGAAAGAUAUUGUUC